AUGGCGAAGCGCACAACCAAGGUCGGUAUCACCGGCAAGUACGGUACUAGAUAUGGUGCCUCCCUGAGGAAGCAGGUCAAGCGUAUGGAAAUCAGCCAGCACGCCAGGUACACAUGCACCUUCUGCGGCAAGAACACCGUCAAGAGGCACUCGGUCGGCAUCUGGAGCUGCGGCGCCUGCAAGAAGACCAUCAGCGGAGGAGCCUACGUCGUCUCGACCCCCGCUGCUGCCGCCGCCAGGUCGACCCUCAGGCGUCUGCGUGAGAUCGCCGACGUUUAG